UCUGAGUAAAGACAUCUAAGCAUUAAAAUGAAACUCUCCAUCGUUUUCGUCUUCGCUCUGGCUGUUCUGUUGGCAAUUACUGGACAAGCAGAGAGCAAAAACUUCUUCAAGAGAAUUGAGAAAGUGGGAAAGAACAUUCGCAAUGCCGCUGAAAGAAGCCUUCCUACAGUAGUUGGCUAUGCAGGAGUCGCUAAACAAAUUGGAAAAUAAAACAAGAGA